UUGCCUGCUGGAAGCUGCUGGGCCCUGGGGCCAUUGUGUGGGAGGCUUAAGGGGUUUGGGGACCCACGGGGACAGAGAGGCCAGCGACCUGGCCGGGCUCAGUCUGCACAGAGGGCCGUGGCAGAAGGAGGGCUGGGGCAGGCUCUGCCGCUCAGACUACCCACCAUGUACAGCUUCAUGGGCGGCGGCCUCUUCUGCGCCUGGGUGGGGACCGUCCUCCUGGUGGUGGCCACAGCCACGGACCACUGGAUGCAGUACCGGCUGUCGGGGGCCUUUGCACACCAGGGCCUGUGGCGCUACUGCCUGGGCCACAAGUGCUACCUGCAGACGGAGAGCAUCGCGUACUGGAAUGCCACCCGGGCCUUCAUGAUCCUGUCCACCCUGUGCGCCACCUUGGGCAUCAUCAUGGGCGUCCUGGCCUUCGCCCAGCAGUCCACAUUCACCCGCCUCUCACGGCCCCUCUCUGCAGCCAUCAUGUUCUCUGUCUCCGCCCUUUUUGUGCUGUUGGCCUUGGCCGUUUACACCGGAGUCACCAUCAGCUUCCUGGGCCGCCGCUUCGGGGACUGGCGCUUUUCCUGGUCCUACAUCCUGGGCUGGGUGGCCCUGCUCCUGACCUUCCUCUCAGGCAUCUUCUACAUGUGCGCCUACCGCACGCAGGAGGGCCCGCGCCUGUCCGCCCCGCGCUGAGGAGGGGAAGGGUCCCGGCCUGCGACCCGGGUCCUGGGGGCGUGAGGGGCUCGGAGGGGCCCUGAUUCCUGUGUCCUGAGGGGAAGGGGGAGAAUUGGGCCUGGUGGAAGGCAGCA